AUUAAAUGUGUCCCUAUGGCUCAGAUUACUGCUAUGAUAGGGUCUGAAUCUCAGUCUCCAGAUUCAGCUUGGAGAUCAUAUAAUGAUGGAAGUAGAGAGACACUGAAUGGAGACACUAGCAGUUCAUCUCUUACAGCAAAAGGCUUUAGGAGUGUGCGGCCAAACCUGCAGGAUAAAAAAUCACCAACUCAGGCACCUCUGCCACCCCCUAGAAAAGAAAGUUUUCAGAGAGCAAGAGUAACUAAUCACAAAAAGGACAGAAUUAAUCUCCAGGCAGUAACAACCGGGCUGACUAAACACCUCCCCCCAGAUACUGCCUACUGUACUAACGAAGAGUCUGUCCAGAAGACAAUGUCUUCUCCAACAUCUAACACAAGCGUGUCCUAUGUGCAAAAAAUCACUAAACCACUGGCCUCAGUCUCCAGUGCAGGCACGAGCACAGUAGCUGGCAUUAGUGCUCCUCUCUAUCAAGGCCAUAGACAACAGUCUCAAAAGCGUAGGAUAUCUACCCUGAAAUUAACCCGGACACAAGACUCAGCAAGUAGCAUUCAUUGUAAUACACAGCAACAGCUCAAGCCUGUUGAAGUGCCGAUAUUUCCACAAAGGCCUGUUUCACCUGCCUGUAACCCUGUGCCUGAGAUACACACAGCAUCUCUUUCCAUUCAGAUAGCUCCCAUCCCUGACAAUAAAGCAGAGCCUGAAAUCCAAGAACAUCCACCUAGUAUUUCUCCAGACACUUCAAAGAUGCCUUCAAAGGAUUUGGGACAAAAGUCUACAGUUCUUCUUUCUGCACAGGAUGCAGAAUGCCAUGUGCUUGGAAACCAGAAAGUAACUGCCCCUGUGAUGGAGGUAAAUGCUUCACAGACACACAGACAAACAGCAGCAGAAGCUUCUCCACUGCCUCUUCCUCCUCCUGUGGUACCAGUUAACAGAGCCUCUUUCUCACCAGACAGUGGCACCCAUCUAGUACCAUACUCUUUGCCAACGCUUGAUGAUUUUUUGCCUUCACGCUUUUAUAAAACCCCAACCCUUUCACAUUUUUCAUAUAAAUACCCCUUCCUAGCUUCUGAAAGCAUUAUCCACGGGAACGAAACAGCCUCAGUAAGCGCAGACUCUGCCGUGAGCGAGCGCUCCUCCCGCACGGUGAGCGAGUCCUCCACUGCCGUUCUAGAUGAGCUACAGACUUGUAGCUAUGCUACUACUGACUGCUCUGAGACACCUUCCCCAACCUUGAGCCAGAUGUCUGCUGUGUCAGAUGGCACCGCCUUAACCAACACUGCUGCCACUUCUCAUGCUCAGAUCGCGGUGAACGGGAGCUCUGGCACCGCUGCCAGCCCAGUGAGUCCCUUCCAAAGACCUUUCUCCCCUUCUUCAGCUUUCCCUCCACCAGCUGCUCUCAACUCCAACGUCGUCGUCGUGCAGCAUGGCAGGAUGAUGGAGUCCACAGAGAUGUACUCACAGCACGUUCAGUCUCUUGGCAGCAGCACCACCACCAGUACAAUACCCAUCUGUAGAUCCUUGGAGGAAGAGAAAAAAAUUACAGUCAUUAAAGCUCCGCAUUAUGCAGGGAUUGGCCCGGUAGAUGAAUCUGGAAUCCCGACAGCAAUUAGAACGACAGUUGACAGGCCGAAGGAUUGGUACAAGACAAUGUUCAAGCAAAUCCAUAUGGUUCAUAAGCCUGAUGACGACACAGACAUGUAUAAUACUGCAUAUGCAUACAGUACUGGUAGCUACAGUCCAUCCUUCUCUGCUCAGGCACACCCAGCGGCAAAGACCCAGACAUACAGACCACUGUCUAAAAGUGCUUCUGACAGCAGCUCUGAUGCCUUUAAGUUUUCCUCCCCGCUACCACCUCCGCACGUGCCACCUCCAGUUCCACCACAUCGCCUGCGGGAAAGGUCUACAUCGGAAAAAAAUGACUGGGAUCCCCCUGACAGAAAGGUAGAUACCCGCAAAUUCCGUUCUGAACCAAGAAGUAUUUUUGAAUAUGAGCCAGGAAAGUCAUCAAUCCUUGAACACGAAAGACCGACUUCCUUAUAUCAUCACUCUUCAACAGACAAGGGUCUAGACAGGCCAUCUAGUUCUGCAAGUACUGCGAGUGACUAUAGAAAAAGGAGGAAGUCGGAACCUGCUGUAAGUCAUCAGAGAGCACACAGCGACCAGAACGCAAACAGGCCUAGCCUGGGCCGCACGGACACGCAGGGCUCAUAUACCACCCUUAGAAAGCCUUUAACUAGCUCUUCUCCUUCUUCUCCAUCACGAGCAAAAGUAGACCAGGAAUCUCCUGGAAGCUAUUCUGCUUUCACUGAUGUGGGACGAUGUAUUCCAAGGGAGAGAAGAGGAACUACAGACAGAGAGAAACUGCCAGCUAGAGCUGUAUAUGACUUUAAAGCUCAGACUUCUAAAGAGCUGUCCUUUAAGAAAGGAGAUACUGUCUAUAUCCUCAGGAAAAUUGAUCAAAACUGGUAUGAGGGUGAGCACCAUGGAAGAGUUGGAAUAUUCCCAAUUUCUUAUGUUGAGAAACUUUCUCCCCCAGAAAAAGCACAACCUGCCAGGCCACCUCCCCCUGCACAGAUUGGAGAGAUUGGAGAAGCUAUUGCCAAAUACAGUUUCAAUGCAGACACAAAUGUGGAGUUAUCACUUAGAAAGGGAGACCGAGUAAUUCUUCUUAAGCGAGUUGAUCAAAACUGGUAUGAAGGUAGAAUACCAGGAACCAACAGACAAGGCAUCUUCCCUGUUUCCUAUGUAGAAGUCAUCAAAAAGAAUGCAUCAAAAAGCACUGAUGACUAUCCUGAUCCUCCAAUACCCCAAAGCUAUUCUAGUGACAGAAUACACCAUUUAAGUUCAACUAAGUUGCCUUCUCAAGCACUGUCCCCACUUCCCAGAUACCAUUCCUCCUCUUGGUCACAUGUUGAUCAAAAGCUCCACCAGGCUGCUACUAGUGACUGGUUUUCAUGGACUGUUGGUCUUUCACCUUCAAGCAUGCAUGCCUUAUCUCCUCCACCAUUUCCAGACAGUUUUCUUUGUGAUGUAGAAGAACUCAGCUCUUUGGCCUUAACAGCAUCCCGAUCUACAGCAAUUCCCCCAAGUAAUUUCAUUCACCAAGUUAAGAAUGAUCAUUUUAUUCCAAAUACAAAGGUCCCUCUCAGCUCUCCUAUAGCUCUUGCUCAGCCCUUUCUUGUAUCUACAUCUGUCUCAUCUUCAGCCAACACCUCUCAUGACACAGCGCAUAACCAUAUAAGCAACAAUACCAAACCAAGAACAGAUAAAGACUUGCAAGGGAUACUUGGCUCUUCAGUUAUCAAAGUAACUAGAGACUUGUCAGAUACUACAAGAGAACGUGAACAUGUUGGCACCAUUUCUGACAUCCCUCUGCCACAUAAAGGUGGCUCCAUCCCCAGAGUGCUAGUUGCAACUGCUGAACAUGAAGAGGAAAUUGGUACAGGAAAUCUGUCAGUUAACAUAGGGCAUCAGUCAAAGCCUCAAGAAUCAGAUUUCUACAGAGGAGCACAAGACACAACAGAAAAUUUGCCAAGUCUCUAUAUAGAGGAAGAUCUGAGACAUGACAAUCUAGAACUCCCAAUAGCAAGUAGAGGAGACACCCUGGUAUAUUAUGAAGGAUAUGCUUCACCAAAUAUCGAUAAGCCACAGCGCCCUGUGUUUGCUCAUGAAAACAUACACACUGGGGGGGAACCGUUUCAGGCUCUAUAUAACUAUACUCCUAGGAAUGAAGAUGAAUUGGAGCUCAGAGAGGGAGAUGUCAUUGAUGUGAUGGAAAAAUGUGAUGAUGGAUGGUUUGUGGGAACCUCAAGAAGAACCAAAUUCUUUGGUACUUUCCCUGGAAACUAUGUCAAGAGGCUGUGAAUUUUUUUUCCUACUUAUUUAUGCUGCAUCUUUGCAACACAUCUGCAUAAAGCUGCUAGAAAACAUGCUACACAGGCCUUCUGUUUCUUGCUUGCAGUCUCAAAUAGAGGCCAUCUAGUUCAUCCUCAUCCCAUCCCAUGCACCAAACCUUCAAGCAGUAUUACAGCAACGACUACAGCUACGCUAAACUUUUCUGAAACAAGAAGAAUCGAAUCAUUUCAACAUUUAAGUACUCAUUGUUUUUUUUGAGACACAAGAAUAGAAAAAGCCUGAUGACAGGUACACAGGUGAAUUGCCAUGGGGGCUCGGGGUGGGCUGUUCCUGUUUUGAGCAUUAGUGGUACUAUCACGAAGUGCUAUGGAAAAAAACAUAUAUUUUCAACAUGCACAUAUUACAGAGGGGAAGUUGCUGUUUGCUAUUAAAAAAAUUGUUUGGGUUUCUAAAUUCUUUCUAGCUUGGCAGCAUAUGUUGCUUUCACUUUGCUGUAUCACAGGUUUGCCUAUUGUACUGGUUUACAAUGUAUGAAAAAUUAUAAUACAGAUUUUUUGCCUGCACUUGUAUGUUGUAACAUAUGCACAGCAAUUGUAAAAUCUCAAGCAAGCAUAGUGAAAAAACAGGGGAACUUAAAAGCGUUCUGAAUGGGUGCAAUGGUAUUGGCUAAACCAUUUUUUUUCCCAAAAAAGCUAUAGUUUUUUUGUUUUUUUUUUUUUUUUUUGUUUGUUUGUUAAAAGAUAAAAAUGUGCAAGAGGCAUGAGACCUUGGUAAACAGGAUUUAAUGAAGAGACAGACAAUGAUAUAAGCAUAGACAAUAAUAACCUGCUACUGAUGUCUGACUUUAAAUGGUUGUAAUCAAAAUGUUGUAAUAGUCAGCAACAUGAAAUGCGAGUUUAGUGUUUGUACGUAUCACAUGAAUUUUAAGCAGGACGUAAACAGUGUUAGUGCAAAGUUUUCUAACAUAGCCACCUGAAAAAUAUUCACAAGUAUCAUGUCCUGAUUUUAUUUCACUACAUAUGUAUGUUAACAAAACCUGAGUUACAUGUUCUUUUUAGGAAUUUAGUACAGAAAAUGAAGUCACAAAUAUUGAAACUGAUUUUAGGGUUUUUUUUUUUCCUGAAUGAAACAAGUAUUUGAAAACAUACACUUUGUUUAAACAAAAGGUAAACAUAAAUAAUAUAUGAAAUUAAGGCACAAGAUAAUAAUGACUAUGGCUUUAUACAAAAAGCUUCGGAUUUGGUUUCUUCAGCACCUUAUAGAUGGCAAAAGCUUUUACUGUAUUUCUCCUGGGUAAAGGAUUGAAAUUAUCAAAAUGUAUUUUAGUCUCUGUAGUAUUUUGUACAUAUGUUUGCUUUUUUUCUCUUUUUUUUUGUACAGAGCCAUUUUGUUGUUGAUUUUAAAAAAAAAGUUCCUUAUUUGAUUUUUGCCCUUUUCCACAUACAGAACAUUUCAAUGCAUUUUUCUUUACUUGCCCCACUUACAACAAGGACAUCUGGAUAGUGCAAUUCUGUAAAAUAGCAUUUUAUGCAGAAUUUUAUUAAUUAAAAUAUGGUUUACCAGCCAAAUCUAAAUGUACAUAUGUCUUUAUUACUCAGAAAUGUCAUUAAGACAAAGGUAAAGAAACAUCUUUGUGCAGCAUACCUUUAUUAUUGCAGAUUUCAUGGCAAAAGCUUUAUAUUUCAAAGGCUUUCAAUUUUAAAUUAGAUCUGCAUGCAGCUGUGAGAUUAAUACCUAUCUUUGAUGCCAUUUAUGAUUGAAGACUUACUUAAAUAUCUGUUGCCUGUGAUACUUAAAAAGUACUGUUUCUACUCUGUAUCUGAUUUUAAAAAAGAUAUACAAGUUUUUCAUACCUGUCUUUCAGGUAACUGACUUUGAAUUCUUACAAGCAAAAGGUCUCUGUGGUAUUUUGUUUUUUGAUUUUUUUUUUCCUUGAAUAGACUUCUAAUAAAUUUUGCUUGGAGUACACAA